CGGCUAAGCUUGGCCGUCGGGAUAAUUAGAGCAAUAAGACCUUACGACCUUCGGCGCGGUACUAGCGAGGCAGUUAACAAAACCGCAUCCCUCCCAUUGCUACAACAAGUAAUAGGAGUCGGUCUUAUAAUUCUAGGAACCAUCCCGGUCGUGUUUCUCCCCGAGACACUUGAAGACGCAAAAGCGAAGCGAUCAAUUCCAACAGACACAGAACAGGCCACCGAAAAUGAGCGACUAGAGCAGCAACGUGUCAAGAAAGAAGUCCGUGAAUUUAUCGAGUCGACCCGGUUCAUUUGGUCAGAUUCCAAUGUGUGUAUUAUGGUUAUUGUAUUUUUUGUCACGAUUAUAGGCCGGCAAUCCACAAACCUACUUCUGCAGUAUGUGUCAAAGAAAUUUGACUGGAGCAUUGCUCGCUCGAGUCUUUUAAUCUCGCUGCGAGGGAUAGUCUCUCUUUUGACCUACUCAAUCUUAAUGCCAGGCCUAUCCGGCUUUGCUAUCAGAUACCUAAAUCUCUAUGGGAAAUAUAGAGACCAUGAAAUGAGCAAGUGGAGCGGUAUCCUCUCAAUCAUCGGUUUCGCAGCCAUCUUCCUCGCCCCGAAACCAGCCAUCUUAGUUGGCGGCCAGAUUAUCCUGUCAAUUGGCUCAUCAUUCCUGGUAACUACUCGCAGUCUGGCCACAGCACUUGUACUACCCGACCAUGUCGGCACUUUGUAUUCUGUCAUUGCCAUCGCACAGUCGGUCGGUAUGCUUGUCGCAGGUCCACUGUUCGCCAAUCUCUUUCGGCUGGGCAUGCAUCUCGGAAAUGCCUGGAUGGGACUGCCGUUUUUACAGGCAUCACUCUUCUUCGUCAUGGCUGUCGCUGCCAUCUGGCAAAUUCGGCUUGGACCGCCGGCUCGGGGAAAUAACGACAAGGAGCAGGAACCUCUUUUAUCGGCCUAGUGCUGAUAUUUGUCCAUUCAUUUCCUCGGCCAACAUCCAAGCGCCUCAACACGAGUUUGUGAUGGUUAGAAGCCCACUAUGC